AUGGCUAGUACUGCGCCUACAAUCAAUCAAGCCGACCUCGAGUCCUUCUCUAAACACCUCAAGGCUUCGACCCGUAUCCUUGCAUUAUGUGGCGCUGGACUCUCGGCAGCCUCAGGUCUGCCUACGUUUCGAGGAGCAGGUGGUUUAUGGCGAAAGCACGAUGCGACACGCCUUGCUACGCCUGACGCAUUCUCCUUGAACCCUAGCCUUGUAUGGCACUUUUACAGCUACAGGAGGCAUAUGGCGUUGGAAGCAAAACCCAAUGCUGCACAUUAUGCUCUUGCUGAGCUGGCGAGGCACAAGAACGAAUUCCUCACGUUGACCCAAAACGUUGACGGACUGAGCCCACGCGCUGGACAUAAGGCGGAACAGAUCAAGUAUGUCCACGGAUCACUCUUCGACGUCAAAUGUACGAGUUGCGAUUACAAAGAAACGGACAAUUUCAUCGACCCUAUCGUUCCUGCUCUUGCAAUCCCCAAAGCUGGCCCCGAGCCCACACCCGCCGCCACAGCCACGUCCGGGGCGGCCGCGACAGACUCAUUGACAGACGCCUUGAACCAGAAAGAGCUCGAUAUCUCUGACGAGACGGUAAAGAUAGCGGAUAUUCCUACCCAAGAUUUACCACAAUGCCCAAAAUGCGGCACGGGCCUUCUCCGACCAGGGGUGGUCUGGUUCACUGAAAUGCUUCCUCGCAAGGUCAUUCGAGAGAUCGACGACUACAUCGAAUUCAGCUCCAAAAUAGACUUGAUGAUCGUCAUCGGUACGAGCGCGGCUGUCUACCCAGCGGCGGGAUACAUAGACGAAGCGAGGGAGAAGGGUGCACGGGUAGCUGUCAUCAACAUGGACAAGGACACGUCAGAAGGUCUGUGGCAUGGAGACUGGUUCUUUGAGGGAGACGCAAGUGUCCUCUUGCCGGUGCUUUUCAAGGAUGUGAUUGGCGACAUUGAUCACAUGGUGAACAGCCAGGCGUGA